AUGGAAAAAUGUAGGAGGAAAGAGCCGAGAAACACAAGCUUCCUGAACUUCGGAAACCCACUGUCGGCCGAGAUACGAGAUGAACCCUUCCCUUUAAACUACAAAACACCGCAGUUGGACGACUAUAAUGGAACAGGGGAUCCGAUCACACACUUGAGCUGUUUCCAAGUGGUUAUGAUGUAUCAAAGCCUAAAGGAAGGCUCUAUUCGAAGCUUUGACGAGCUGGCAAGAGCUUUCCGAACUCAUUUCGCACCAAGCAUACAGCGGAAAAAGAAGUCCAAUGACCUAAAACUCUUUUACCAGAAGCCAGGAGAAAGUUUGCAGAGCUAUAUCGACCGAUUCAAUGCCGAAGCUGUCGAAGUAGGAAACUUAAAUGACGAUACCGUGAUAGACGCAAUGAAGGACAACACGGCGAUGAUGGCAUUUAGAGAUAACCUAAUAACGAAUCCGGUGCAAACUUACUCCCAGCUCAUGGACCGAGCCUGGAAUUACAGAAAUUUGGAUGAAGAGCAACAACGAAAAGCCACGCAAACAACAACACAGUUCCAAGCACCAAGGACUACUUUCAAUCAGCCAUCUUCGGCUAGACAAGAUAGGUUCAGGCCAAGAAACCAACAACAAUCCGUCCCACUGCGAACAAAACCACACCGACCAGUAAAAGUAGAAGAUCAAGCUUUCAUUCCACUUAACACAGUGAGAUCGCACAUCCUAAUGUGGAUACAGAACAAUAACGAGCCAGUAAGAUACCCACCAAAGCUUCAGUACGAAGGAGAUAGGAAAAAAUACUGCCAAUUCUAUGAUGGCCACGGCCAUGUCACCGAUGAGUGUGGAAGUCUGAAGAAGGAAAUUGACCGAUUGGUGCAAGUCGGUCGCCUAAAAGAUUUUGUCGCACAAAGCAAAAAUUGUAACUCGGGAGGAAGCUACCGAGGAGAGCAUAGUGGGAAAAGAGAAGAGGCACCACCACCGAAAAGACAAAAUAUAUCGGGGGUAAUUAACGCCAUAGCAGGCGGAAUGGCCGACCCAGAAUACAAGCGAGGAAGGCGCAAAAGGCAAAAAGUGGUGAUGAAUAUAUCGGUAGCCAGCCCUCUACCCGAGGUCAGCUUCGGCUCAGCCGAUGGCGAAGGAAUAAAUUUGCCACACCAAGACCCCUUGGUAAUCUCGGGAUUGAUCGAAAAUUUUUGGGUAAUGAGGCAGUUGGUUGAUGAAGGAAGUUCCGUUAACCUCAUCACAAAGCAGGCAUACCUCGGCAUAGGGUGCUCAAUACUAAACCUCAAACCGGUCAAAACCCCUCUAGUCGGUCUAGGGGGAGCACCGAUACAAGCGGAAGGAGUAGCGGAACUAACAGUAGAGCUGGGAAAAGAAAAUGGAUCACCAGAAGGAGGCCUGGUCGGUAUCACAAAGAAGUUUAAAACACUGUUUAUGGUUGUCGACAUGCCACUUGCUUAUAAUGUCAUACUCGGCAGACCAAUGUUAUAUAAUAUCGGGGCUGUCACAUGCAUCAAAUACUUGUGUAUGAAAAUACCAACCGAAGACGGAGUGGUGACAGUCAGAGGAAGGCAAGACAUAACCAAACAAUGCUACUUGGUAUCAAUGAGAGAAGUAUCAGCCAUUGAAACAAUGGAGGUACCAGACUCGGAUGAAGGCAAGCUCGAACCUCAUGGAAAGUUGGAAAGGGUUAAGCUGACAGGAAUAACACCAAGAUCGGUCCAAAUAGGCGCAGAACUACCUAAACCAAUAAACCAGGAGAUAACCGAUAUGCUAAUCAGAAACGAAGUCGAAUUCGUUAACACCCCAGGCGAGAUAGAGGGGGUUGACCCGGCAAUAAUAUCACAUAAACUAAAUGUUGACCCAAAGCACAAGCCAGUCAAACAAAAGAAAAGAGCCUUCGUAAUAGACAGACAAAUCGCCAUCAGGUCGGAAGUAGACAAGCUACUAGCAGCAGGCUUCAUCAGAAGAGUGUAUUACCCGGAGUGGCUAUCCAAUGUCGUGCUCAUAAAAAGCCAAACGGGAAAUGGAGAUUGUGCAUAG